AUGUCCAAACAGUGGGCAGAUAGCACGGAUGGUAGUUUCAAGAGACAAGUCUCCUCUUUUCAAGAAGUUAUCUCCCCUUCGCAUCCCAUUUACAAGCCAGCAAAGAAUAGGUACUGGUUAUAUGUGUCGUUAGCAUGCCCUUGGGCUCAUAGAACAUUGAUCACUCGAGCUUUAAAAGGCUUAACAGCUGUUAUUGGUGUAAGCGUCGUUCAUUGGCAUUUGGACUCGGAGGGCUGGCGAUUUUUAACAGCUGAUCAAGCAACAAGAGAAAGAGCCGAUAAGGAUGCUUCAUAUUAUGAACCAGCAGGCGGAAUUACGACCGCAACCCUAGAUUACUCCAACCCUCAGGCUAAAGUAGCAAAUAAUAGUGCAAGAAUGUUCGUCGAUUCAACUUUCGAUCCUAAUGAGCAGUUCGAAAGACUGAGCCAGCUGUAUUUGAAGACGGAUCCAAAUUAUCGUGCCAGAUAUACGGUCCCGGUCCUGUGGGACACACAGACGCAAACAAUUGUUUCUAAUGAAAGCGCACAAAUUAUCAGAACUUUGAAUAGUGGUGUUUUUGACGAAUUUGCUGAUCCUGGCACAGAACCUAUCGAACUAGUGCCCAAAAAUUUAGAACGCGAAAUAGAUGAAAUAAACGCCUGGGUAUACGAUAACAUCAACAAUGGUGUCUACAAAGCAGGUUUCGCCGAAAAAGCGGAUAUCUACGAAAAGGAAGUCGCUAACGUAUUCGAGCACUUGGAUAAAGCGGAAAAAAUACUAAAGGACAGGCAUGAAGCUCUUGUAGAGAAGCAUGGGAAAAACAACAUCACCGAUAUAUUGGACGACUACUUUCUUGCAGGCAAUCAAUUGACCGAGGCUGACGUGAGACUGUACCCUACAAUUGCUCGUUUUGAUCCUGUGUAUGUUCAACAUUUCAAGUGUAACUUAACGACUAUCAGAGAUGGCUAUCCGUACAUCAGUUUGUGGUUGAGAAAUCUGUACUGGGGAAAUGAUGCCUUCAGAUUGACGACAGAUUUUAAUCAUAUAAAACUACACUACACACGUUCGCACACAAGACUCAACCCACUAGGAAUUACUCCAUUGGGUCCUAGACCAGAUAUUCUGCAACUAUGA